AUGCCAAUCUCUCUGAAGUUCACUGAGCAUCGUUAUGCUGCCGAUAACGAGCUUCAGAAGCUAGGUGUAUGGGAAUUCCCCUCAAACACCGAUAAUGCCUCUGGAUACUGGGUAAUCUACCUCCACGGCGGAGCCUGGCGUGAUCCUCGAAAGACUUAUCAGGACUUCAGCGCAUCCAUUCAGGAAAUCCUAAAGUCCAGCUCCAUCCCCAGGUCCGAGGUUCGCGGCUUCAUCAGCAUUGACUACCGUCUCUCCCCGCACCCUCUCUACCCGCAGGACCCCGAUGUUACUGCGCCCACAGAGCUUCGUUGCGCUCAGCAUCCGGAUCACCUCCGCGACACCUGGUCAGCCCUCGCAUUCCUACAGCGUGAAUAUCAAAUCGGAGACCGGUGCAUCCUCAUCGGGCACUCCGCCGGCGCUACCUUGGCCCUCCAGCUACCCAUGGGAUCCGUUGCGCUCGGGGCUGCCCCGCCGCCGGAGGUCAAGAUGCCGACUGCGUUCAUUGGCGUCUCCGGCAUUUACGAACUUUACGACCUCAACGCCCGCCAUGAACAGACUUACACUCAAUUCAUUGCCGGUGCCUUUGGAGACGACCAGAAGUCUUGGAACAAGGUCGUGCCGGCUCCCUUUUCCGAGAGCUUCAAGGAUGCUUUGCCUACUAAGCCGCUUAUCCUGUUGGCCUGGUCUCCGGAAGACUCACUGGUUGAUGAGCCCGAGAUCGAUACCAUGGCGGCGAAGCUGAAGAAGGACGGAGUGGAGUGCACAGUCGUCAAGGACCUGACACACGAUCAUGACUUUGUCUGGGAGGAUGGCAAGCAGAUUGCCCGCCUGCUGUCGGAAGCUCUCGCCUUGUUGAGGAAGAACUAG